GAUGGGCGGGGAAUAAGUGGGGAGAUUUGAAUUUGAAGCGAUUAAGUCCGUAAUAAACCGCAGGAAGUUGCCGAGGAGCGCUAGUGAUCUUCGGUUUGUGGAGCUGGUCGUCAGCAUGUCCUUUCCUAAGGCGCCCCUGAAACGAUUCAAUGACCCUUCCGGGUGUGCACCAUCUCCAGGUGCUUAUGAUGUUAAAACUUCAGAAGUAUUGAAAGGACCAGUAUCCUUUCGGAAAUCGCAAAGAUUUAAAACACCAAAAGAAUCUCAACAAAAUCUUAAUGUUGACAAAGAUACUACCUUGCCUACUUCAGCAAGAAAAGUUAAGACUUUAGGAUUAAAGAAGGAAUCUCAAAAGAAUGAUAAAGAUUUGAAGAUACUGGAAAAAGAGAUUCGUGUUCUUGUUCAGGAACGUGGUGUUCAGGACAAGCGGAUCCAGGAUCUGGAAGCUGAGGUGGAGAGGAUGGAAGCAAAGCUGAAUGCUGCAGUCAGGGAAAAAACAUCUCUCUCUGCAAGUAACGCUUCCCUAGAGAAACAGCUGAUUGAAUUAACCAAGACUAAUGAGCUACUAAAAGCUAAGUUUUCUGAAGAUGGUAACCAGAAGAAUAUGAGAAUUCUAAGCCUCGAGUUGAUGAAACUUAAAAACAGAAGAGAAACAAAGAUGAAGAGUAUGAUGGCUAAACAAGAAGGUAUGGAAGUGAAGCUGCAGGUCACCCAGAAGAAUCUCGAAGAGUCUCAGGGGAAAAUCGCGCAACUUGAGGGGAAACUUGUUUCAAUAGAGAAGGAAAAGACUGAAAAAUCUGAAACAGAAAAACUCUUAGAAUACAUCGAAGAAAUUAGUUGUGCAUCAGAUCAAGUGGAAAAAUACAAGCUAGAUAUUGCCCAGUUAGAAGAAAAUUUGAAAGAGAAGAAUCAUGAAGUUUUAAGCCUUAAGCAGUCUCUUGAGGAAAAUGGUGUGUUGUCUAAACAAGUAGAAGACCUCAAUGCUAAAUGUCAGCUGCUUGAAAAAGAAAAAGAAGACCUCAUGAACAGGCAUAGAGAUUGGGACGAAAAUCUAAACUCUGAAAUACAAACCUUAAAAGAGAAGUUUACUCUUGAAAAACAAGAACGUGAGAAGCUACAACAAAAAGAGUUGCAAGUUGAUUCACUUCUGCAGCAAGAGAAGGAAUUAUCUUCUAGUCUUCAGCAGAAGCUAUGUUCUUUUCAAGAGGAGAUGAUUAAAGAGAGGAAUCUCUUUGAGGAGGAAUUAAAGCAAGCACUGGGUGAGCUAGACAAAUUACAGCAAAAAGAGGAACAAGCUGAAAGGCUGGUCAAGCAGCUGGAAGAGGAAACAAAAUCCAGAGCUGAAGAGCUAAAACUUCUAGAAGAAAAGCUGAAAGGGAAGGAAGCUGAACUGGAGGAAAAUAAGGCUGCUCACACUCAGGCCACCCUGCUUUUGCAGGAGAAAUAUGAUAGUGCAAUGCAAAACCUCGGAGAUGUUACUGCUCAGUUUGAAAGCUAUAAAGCACUAACAGCUAGUGAGAUAGAAGAUCUUAAGCUGGAGAACUCAUCACUUCAGGAAAAAGUGACCAAGGCCGAGAAAAGUACAGAGGAUGUACAACGUCAGAUACUGGCAACUGAGAGCGCAAAUCAAGAAUAUGCAAGGAUGCUUCUAGAUCUGCAGACCAAAUCAGCACUUAAAGAAGCAGAAAUUAAAGAAAUCACAGUUUCUUCUCUUAAAAAAAUCACUGAUUUGCAGAACCAACUCAAGCAACAAGGUGAAGACUUUAAGAAACAACUGGACGAGGAAGAAGCAAGAAAAUCUGGAAAGGAAAACGCAACAGCAGAAUUAACCGAGGAAAUGAAUAAGUGGCGUCUCCUUUACGAAGAGCUAUAUGAUAAAACAAAACCUUUUCAGCUACAACUGGAUGCCUUUGAAGCUGAGAAACAGGCUUUGUUGAAUGAACAUGGUGCAGCUCAGGAACAGCUCAAUAAACUGAGCGAUUCAUAUGCGAAAUUAUUGGGCCAUCAGAAUCUCAAGCAAAAAAUCAAGCAUGUUGUGAAAUUGAAAGAUGAAAACAGCCAACUCAAAUCGGAGGUGUCAAAACUCCGCUCUCAGCUUGCUAAAAGGAAACAAAGUGAGAGAAAACUUCAAGAGGAACUGAAUAAAGUUCUGGGCAUCAAACACUUUGAUCCUUCAAAGGCUUUUGUUCAUGAAAGUAAAGAAAAUUUUGCUCUCAAAACCCCAUUAAAAGAAGGCACUACAAACUGCUACUGAGCUCCUGUGGAGUUUCAAGAUUCACCCAAGUAAACAUCUGAAAACCUGCUGAAGAUUAUUUCAUCUUGUUUUUAUUAUUGUUGAGAUUUUAUUAUUAUUCUGUUUGUAAUAAAUAUUUUUAACAUUGUAUUUAAUAUUACUUCCUAUCCUUAAGUAUGUGAAAGGAAGUUCAACUCUUUUUUACCAAUAUGUCUUCUAACGUUUUAUUUUCUGUUGUCCGUACUCUUCCUCAAUGCUCACUUUUAUCACCUUAUUCUAAACCUCUGACUGGCUUUCCCGCUUUACAACUCAUCCCAUCAAAUCAACAUUCCUUUAAAAUUCACUCUCAUUUUAUUAUCCCCCUAUUCCGAAAUGCUAGAUGUUUUCAAGAUUCUAAUCCCCAGGUGUUUUAGUUUGAUACUGCAGGCUUUUUCUACUCUGAACCUCUUAAGCGAGGCUAAAAAAGCUUGGCUUGUUCUCGCCUCUGUAUUGAUUCACCUAAUAGUGUUCAUUCUGUCCUACCCAUCAUCCAUUUAUCCAGUUCAAAUAAGAAAUAAGGACAUGUUUAACUCCAUAGUAAUCUCUCUAGCUCUUAUCAGAGUCACUGAGUUGCUCAAUAAUUUGUAGAUUCCUAGACUCCACCCCAGUCCUACUAAAUUAAAAUCUGGGUGUGGCCUGAAAAUCUGCAUUUUUAACAAACUCUGCAGUUAAUUCUUAGAUACAGUAAAUCUGAGAAACCCUGCUCAUAUCCUCUCUAGAGAAUUUGUCGUAUACAGCUUAUCAUCUGCCUGACUACUGUUUGAUUAAUAUUUGUGUAAUAUGAAAUAAAAUCACAUAUUAAGUCAAUUACCCCAUUAUUCAACUUGUAUUAUAUGAAGUUGUAUUAAUACUUCUAUUUACAGUGUAUUUAUUGUCUCUGGCCUCCCCCCUCCUCACCUUGUCUCCAGAAUCCCAAAUGGUAGUAUACUAUUUAGAAAGUGGUAAUUUCCCAUCUCAAAUAUCUGAUUUACACACUUGGUAUGUUAUUAUAAACCACUUUUUUGUAAUGUUUCCCCAUUGGUGGACCAACUGAGACUAUUACAAUCAGAAUAGCUUUUCAUAAAAAAUUAUUUUAUUAAUCUUAAUACAUGGUUGAAUUUUUAAAUGUCAUUAUUUGGAUUAAGUUCAGAGGAAAUGUAGAAAUUAGAAAAAUUGUCCAGUAAAAUCAAAUAAUUCAAGACUUCUGCUUUUAGGCCAGAUGGAGUAACAGGGAUCGGAUUUAUUGCUCCUCCCUCUAGCCGACACACACACACACACACACACACACCCAUACCCCUAAAACUAUCAAAAGACUAGAUGAAAUACACAAAAGAGUGAUUUUCAAGAUGCUAGACAUGAAACAACAAAGAACCGCAAUCCCCGAGAGAUGGGAAAAAUUAAGGUGAGCCCUAUGAUUGUUCCCUGUUUACAGCCUUGAGAGAAGUUCCAAACUAUGAUGUAGGGAAGGGAAACUCAGGCAGAGCCCACCCAGUUGUCUUAGUUGAAAAGACAGAGCUGAGAUCUGGGGAGAGCAAAGUGGCCAGAGUUGGCAGGACAGAGUACUAGAAAGGAGAAAAUUGCACAGAAAGAGAACUCUGGAGAUCAACAAAAGGUUCCUCAAGUAUUCACCUUAAUUAGAAAUCAGUAACAGAAAAAUCUCUGGAAAACCCAUAAAUAGUUGGAAAUUAAAUAUCACACUUCUAAAUGAGCCAUGUGUCAAAGAAAUCAAAAGGAAAAUUAGAAACUUGAACAGAAUGAAAAUAAAGACACAACAUUUCAAAACAUGGAAUACUGCUAAAGCAGAUUUAGAGCAAAAUUACCUCACUGAAGGCCUAUAUGUCAAAAGAAGAAAGGUUUCAAAUCAAUAACCUCAGCUUUUACCUUAGAAAUAAGAAAAGAAAUUUACAUGCAAAGUAAGUAGAGGAAAAGGAAUCGUAAAGAGCAGAAACCAAUAAACUAGAAAACAAAACCAAAAGAGAAAAAUCAAUGAAAAAUAGUUGAUUCAUUGAGAAGAUCAAUAAAAUUGGUAAACCUCUAACUAGAUUGAUCAGGAAAAUAAAAAUACAUAAACUACCAAUAUCAGGAAUAAGAUGCAUUAUUUUUGUGGGUGGAGGAUAUAUCCACUAUCUUGAUCACAGUGAUGAUUUUGUGGGUGUGUAUAUAAAUAUAUAUAUAUAUAUAUGGUUGUGUAUAAAUAUAUGAGUGUCAAACAUCAGAUUGUACACUUGAAAUCUGUACAGUUUAUUAUAUGUCAGUUAUACCUCAAUAAAGCUCUUAAAACAAUCAAA